CACGUAAUGUAAACACUCAACGAGUGAUUCAUUGAAUGAAUGCAUGCAUUGAAUAGUGUUGUGAUUUGUAUGAACUGAUUGUCACCGAAACACUUCCCACACCACCGAUUGUCACCCCAUUGUAUGUGUCUGUAGUUUAUGCUAUUAUUGGUGUAGUCUGUGAGUGAUGUCUGUGGCCAACGGCGACGACCAUUUGGAUGGACCAGAAUGUGGUGACACCGAUGCCAUCAUCGCUGACAUCAACCAUAUUAAUGAUAACACCGCCGAUGAUGAGGACAAUGGAUGGAUCUUAGAGUUAGAGUCAGCACUUCUGGCCGAUUGUGAUCUCAAUAUCAUUAAGAAGAUAACGAACCAGAAGUUGGUUCCCAAUCGCAUGCGAUACGAGUUCUGGCAGGUUUGCCUGGGAAUCAAAGGCAGACACAAAGUGUUGUCCGAUAUCUUUGAUCUGCCGGAACAGUCGCUCAUUAGAUCCGAUUGUCAGCAAUUGGUGGACAAGUUUGCCAACUCUGACGACACGGAACGGGUGUCCAUUCGGUCGGGCGUCGAGACAAUUAUCACGAAUUUCGCGAAACUAAAUGAUGUGCAAUACGUGGCCGAUAACGGAUGGCUCGAGAUAUUGGAACCGCUGUUGACGCUGAAGCUGAAGACCGAGGACUUGUUUAAAGUGUUUGAAUCGAUUCAAUUGAAAUAUAUCCCCAAAUGUUACAAUUGUCGCGAUUUCGGACAUAAGGACCAGUCGUUCAACUUCUUGCGACUUCUACUCCAAUAUCAUGAGCCGGAGCUCUGUUCCUAUUUAGACACUCUUAAGAUUACGCCCGACCUCUACGCCAAUACAUGGCGCUAA